AUGCCUACAUACUACGCGCGCGGCGUCACAGUGCGCCUAGGCGUAAAUCCCCUCGCCGACACCAUCACGCCCAGUAUCACUCUGAAGAAGGGCGAUGUCGCAAAGAAGCAAUGCGAGAAGCCGGAGAAGGAACUACUGAACAGCCACCUAUUGCCCGAGCAACGGGUCGACUUUCCAGGCGAUGAGCAUGGCUUCGAAUUGAACUGGCUGGGUGAUGCGCCUUUCAUGCAAGCUCGCGUGGGUGACAGUUUGUUCGAAGGCGCGACGAGUAGCAAUGCUGUACAAACAGCUCCCCUGGCCAAUUCCGCCCGUCUACGCCGACAGCCAGCAAAAGAGAGCUAUAAGGCCUAUGGAUAUGAACCUCUUGCGCUCAGCCUGCACGUCAUGACGUCGGACACGACCUUUGUUUCCGGCAUGGACAGGCAGAACAAGCUCCAAUUGAAGAUCGAGGUGUUCUUCAAUGGACAAUUAUCAAGCUGCUUGUUUCUUCCGCCCUACGAGAUCCGAAGCAACACAAAGACACAUCACCAGGUGUUUGCCGGUUACAGGAUAGACUACCUCGCAGAGAGGCCAUGGGUCAUUCUACCGCCACACACUGCUGCUGACGGCAGCCCGGUUAAGUCCGAUAAGCUCCUAUCUGCAAAACAACGCUGGAAAGACAUCAGCACAGCUCUGGGCAGAGAGGCAAGCCAGCGGGGCACGGAUUCGCAGGGCAACAUCCCGCCGAGCUCACACUUUCUGGGCGCUUUGGCAACCUCCAGGAUGCCGGAUCAAGUGGUAGCCUGGCAAAAGCCAGGAUGUAGGCACUUCGGUGUUAUUGACGUGGUCAUCACAGCUGGUGAGGGUAGGAAAGUCACAAGCGGAGCGACAUACCUCACAAGGCCUCAAAGGUUCACAGAUGAGAACUUUCCGCUGUCCAAUGUGGGCGGAUUUGACGAAGAUGCUGAUGGCGAGAGCGACUCUGACUACGAGCCCCUGCCAAAGCGACAGGCUUUGAACCAUCAGUUUCCAGCCAUGAGUUGCGGACCUGAAUAUAUCCAGGCCCCAUUGUCACACAAUAAAUCAGUCUUCCAGUCCAUUCAGGAAACCCCAAUGUGCCAGCUCUCGUCUACACCUCCACAAUUCCCAUCCACAGAAACACCGCCUUUCGGACCGGACCGAUCGAUUCAUGAACUAUCUAGGUUUAGUCACGAUCCAUUAUUGUCUUCUGAGCGCGGACCUGCCAGCUACAUGAAGCAUAGCAGCAACACGGAUCCUACUGUCCAUAUGGGUGCAGCAUCGAUCGACUUCCAAUCUCAGGUGCCUAUGCGCUUUGUUGGCAAGGGUGGUGUAAUGUUGGUGGAUUACGAAUGGUCCAUCGCGCAACACAUCGCUGUAAACGAGCAUCCUGCUGGACACUGUGGCUCAAACGUGCCGCAAAAGUCAAGCCAAAAUGCUUCUGCUCAAAGCCGUAAGGCUCCCUACGAGCUCACAAAGGAUGGAAAUAAGCGAGCCAGUUCCACCAGGGCCACCAACGGCCAAUCUAUACCGCAGGGACAUAGAUCGGACAUCAAGGACGGAGGCAUCAUGAGUUUAGAUAGCGUUGUGAGAACCGACUCUGCUCUACCUUCGCAGAAGGUCGAGGGCAAUGCUCGCGAUGUAGCACAUUCUCCUUUGCCACAACGCCGCACAACAGCUGCGACUACUAUUCUCGGGGUUCAAGGACCGAAAGCAAUAACCUUUCUCUAUGACGAUCCUGAGGCGAUGAUACGAGAAGAGAAGAGAAACGCACGUCGAUCCAAGUCUCCGAUCAAACCGAAAGACAAGCCUUCCACUACUAGAAAAUUCAAAACAUUAGCGCCAGAUGAGAUUGCUGCUCCAGCCAAGGACAUGGGCGCCUUAUCUUCGCCUCUGAGCAGUCUCGCAACUACCCCGGAGGUCGAGUAUGAACCCAAAGCCAAGUCCAUCCCCAUCAUCUUGUCCAGCUCAGCCGAGACAGGACCUCUUCCGCAAGUCGAUGGCUCGCCUGCACACAAGAUUGACACUAUAUCGUCGCCUACAGCAGCCAACAUCGCCCGUUCGGCACCUCAAUUCUCAGUCCCUCCAGCAUCAUCUACACCGAGGAACUCACCCUCUCCCAAUGCAAAAAAGCGAAAGAAUGAGUCAGGUCGCUACCUCGCCAAGCAACCACGCAGUCCUGAUCGACUCAAGACAACCAGCAAUCCACUGCUCAAUCGCGACUGCGUUAUCGCAUUUGCGGAGAGUCAAGAUAAGGAAAGUGAGAGGGGUGUGUUGAGGCAGAUCAAGAGUGAGCGCCAGGGCGUGUUUGCUGAGGUGCAUGUAGUGUUUGCGACGAGGUUUUACGUUGCUGGGAACUGA